CACGCUUGUCUGGCGGGAAUUCACGUGAUCUAGUGAGAUUUCCCGCUGGACAAAUCUGUUGGCGGUUCCUCACUGCUCGUGCGUUACUGUUUGUUUUCUUUGUCACAAAUCGAACAAAAUACACAACAAUGCCUCCCAAAAAACGUGCCGGUGAUGCCGAAUCAAACGGCAGUACGAAAAAACCGAGGACAGAUGAAGUUAACUCGGAAGGUUCUGAUGUUGAAGAUGACACAGAAACAGGUGACGCCACUGUUGGGGACGGAACAAAGGAUGUCGAAAAUAGUGGAACAGAAAAGCCAUCUGAAAAUGAGGAAACAGAGGGUAGUGUGUCUUACAAAAUUGAAGCCCCAAUGCUAUCGGGAGAACUUCUCUUCUGUGGUGCAUCAAAUUGGGAUUUGGUAGGGAGGAAAGCUCUCCCUAAAGGAAUGAAAAAUUUGGGUGGACCUAAUUUAUGGGGACCCAACAGAAUUUCAGCUUUGAAAGGCAUCAGGAUACGAACUGUGGUAUCAGGAUGCUGUGCAGCCCAUUGUGUCGCCAUCACUAGCGAAGGAACUCUCUACUCAUGGGGUCGUAAUGAAAAAGGUCAGUUGGGCUUGGGCCAUACAGACAGACAAGAUGUGCCGCAAGUUGUAGACACCUUGGAUGAUGAAAAUAUUGUUGAUGCUGCAUGUGGCCGCAGACACACCUUGUUCCUCACAGAUCAAGGCAAAGUUUUUGCUUGUGGAGAGAACAAGAUGGGCCAACUGGGUUUAGGAAAUCAAAGUGAACAAGUUUUAGUUCCAACACUGAUCAAUUACAAAGGCCCCCCAAUUCGGCGGAUAGCAUGUGGUGGUGACUUCAGUGUCAUUUCAGAUAUAAAUGGAAAUGUAUACAGCUUUGGCUGUCCAGAGUACGGGCAACUGGGUCACAACUCUGAUGGGAAAUACUUUGUGAAGAGCAACAAGCUGGAGUUUCAGUGUGAGAACUCCCCACGUGUGGUCACUGUGUUUGUGGAGAAGCAAAGAGAUGGCCAAGUGGCUCCUGUGACCGACGUGGAUGUCAGGGAAAUUGCCUGUGGUGCCAAUCACGUUCUGGUGACAGACAGCAAAAAACGUGUCUUCUCCUGGGGCUUUGGAGGCUACGGCAGACUGGGCCAUGCUGACCCGAAGGAUGAGCUGGUGCCUCGGCUCAUCAAGUUCUUUGAUGGUCCAAACAGAGGGGCCGUAUCCAUUGCUGCUGGUUCAACAUAUUCUCUUGCUGUUAGUGAGCAUGGAGCCCUUUACUUCUGGGGUUUGACCAAAAUGUCGGGAGAGGCAACGAUGUACCCGAAACUAGUACAAGAUCUGAGUGGCUGGAAGAUCAGGAGUAUUGGCACAAGUAACAAAAGCAUUGUUGUUGCUGCUGAUGAGAGUGUUGUCAGCUGGGGUCCAUCACCAUGUUUUGGAGAGUUGGGCUAUGGUGAAGGCGGAAUCAAAUCAUCCACAGUUCCAAAAGAAGUGAAACCCUUGGAAGAUGUCUACGUCCAUCAUGUCUCUUGUGGCUUUUCUCACACACUUUUGAUUGCACGCGUUGACACGGAUGAGGAAAAGCAAGCCAUUGAGAAGUUGCCAGUGUACACGCCUUGAUCCCAUUUGCCUCGAGUUACCUCGUCUAGGUCUCAUCUCUGUGGAUGUCUUACGCAGCCAGGAUAUAUGCAUACUGAUAGUAAGGCCAGAUAAAACUCGUAAGGUUUUUCUCAGGAAAUGUGUUUCUUUUAGCUUUAGUUAGUUUUUACCUCGCUUGCAACUGCAUAUGGUCUUAUGAGCGCCAUAUUUUCUGUUAACAGUGAAACAACUGUAGAAUUUCAAGAGUUGAAUUGGUUUAGAUGCCAGGAUAAGAGCUUUUCCCAGCUUCUGUAUUUCCAGGGAAAUUUCUUUUGGAAAACUGAAAUUCAGGGAUAUGAGAAUGCUUGUUAUUCCAUAUUUUGUUCUUAAAAUGUACAAAUAGUUUGAGUUAAAAUAUAGGAAUUGCAAAUGUAGUAUGGUUCUUUUAGGUGAUAGCCUAAGAGUUUCCUUCAGUUUCAAACAAUGAUCAAGACUUCCACAUUUUUCCAGCGCAUGGGUUUGUUGGGUUUGUGUUUUCCUUGGGAGAAAAAAAAAAGCUGGGGAGUGUACAGUUCGGUUAACUUCUCGUUUACGAAGAAAGAA